GGUAAAUAUCUAGAUGUCGCUUUUAUACUGGUUUACUUGGCUUCUACUGUUGUUAAAGGAAUCUAUAAUUAGGGUACCAGUUUUACAGGAAAGCGCCAUCAUGGAUAGGUUGUAUCCAACUUUGCUUUUAAUUUUUGGUUUUGCAGCUCUAUUUCUAUUUCAAACAGGAUUUUCUUUCCGAUGUUACCAGUGCAAUUCAUACAUGCAGGAAGAUUGUGCAGACCACUUCAAUAAUCAAACAUGGCAUUUAUCUGAGUGUGCAGAAAAUGUUACAAUGUGUAGAAAAAUUGUACAAGAAGUUUUUUACAAUGAUGAAUGGCAGUUACGAUACGUCAGACAGUGUGCCCCUAGUGGUACUGUAGGGGGUGAUGAAGGUCGACGUUGUAUGGAAAAAACUGGAACAUACAAGGUGAAAGUGCGGAUUUGUCAUUGUGAUAAUCAAGAAGGUUGCAAUGGUGCAUCUAAUUUCCACAGCAACAUUCACAUCAUUGUAUUGCCACUAAUGACAAUUUUAUGUGUAAAAUAUUUGUGGACAUGAUAAAGAAGUGCUACAUCAACAUAUGUUAAAACAUUGUGAAUUAGAAUGGAUCUGAGUAUGAAAGUGAAGUCCCUUCCAAGCCUUGCUGGGUAUCAUAUUUUGAUUACUACAAAUUGAUUUAAAAAAAAUAGAAACCCACUAGGUGAUCUGUAAAAGCUUGUUCUUUUUAGUUAACUUUUUAUGGGGUUCUCAGACUUAUUAAAUCUUAUAAUAGCUAAUUUUGAGAUUAAAUUCACAUAUUUACGAUUGUGCCUUGAAAAAACAUACAAAACCAUGUUGAAAAUACAAACAAACCCCUCCUCCCAAAAAAAACCUGUUGUAACUGGGGAUUUGGAUUUCAUGUUAAUAUGGAAAACAUGGGAUUUCUUCUUAAAUUAUAAUUGAUGAAUUAAUGUGAUAUGCCUGUUUUUGUAAUAUUUAAUAAUUCUCUGUUCAAAAUUUUCUUUGUGGUUCAUGACAUGUUUGAUUGUUGUACAUAAUCCAGUAGCUUUAUUUUCAUCAAAGACUUAUCAUUCACUUAAAUCAUUCCAAUCGGAUUACAGUCAAGAAUCAUUCCAUAUUAUGUAUAAAUUUCAUAUGUAAUAUUGAUAAGGAAAUAAGAAUUGUAUCAACAGAUUCUAUUAUGAUAUAUUUAAAGCAUAAAUUACUGGAACUAGCUCUCAAACCAUUUAUUUGUAAAUACAUAACCUCAAAAGUCUGUUAUAAGUACUAUUGUUGUCCUUUUUAGUUUUCAUAUCACACUCAUGGCUGGUUACAUUGAACAAUGAGGGUGGUAAAGGGGGGUACUGAACACGGAAACACGAGAAUUAAAAAUCGCAAAAACGAUGCACGAGAAAUAAAAAUCGGGAAAAACGAAGCACGAGAAAUAAAAUCGUAUAUAUUAAAGAAAAUAUACCAAAAGUUAUUACUCAGCCAUUCUUGGAGUCCAUGCAGCCACUUGAUUUUUUUUUAUUUAAGAAUUGAAUGCUUCUUUUUGUAAAUUUUUUGGGGUGUAAAAGCGUUGACCGAAGUACAUUUUGUAUGGAGCGCGGAAGCGCUUCAUUCUAAAAAUGUAUGCACGGUCAACGUUUUUACAACCCUAUAAAGUUACAAAAAGAAGCAUUCAAUACUUAUAAUUACAUUUUUCAGCUAGGAUAAUGAAAACACGAUUUUUAUCAAGUUUUAUUUAAUUCACCUGUGCAUUUUAUUGUGGGACCUCGUGUCAUCAUGCAUGAUGAAUUGUAUUGUCUCAUGCAAUUGCUUACGGAAUAUAAUGUUAUGCGCAGUUAGCCAAUCAGAAUAACGUAUUAUAAUGAAACAUACAUCUAAUGUAAUUAUUAUCAUUUAUAGUUACCAUUCUACUUUUGCAAUAUGUAUGGUAUUAAUAAAGUCCAUCAAAUGUGGGACAUGCACGGGAAAUUAAGAGCACCGACACGGAACACAGAUAAUAAAAAAAAGAGAAACACGAAGCACGCAAAUCGAGCCAAACACGAGAAAACGAGAAAUAAAACGUCAAAACAUGAAAACAUGUGAAAUAAAAAGGCCGAAAACGUUGCAUGAAAAUAACCCUUUACCACCCUCAACAAUGUGUACAUAGUAAAGUCUUCAAAUCAAUAAAUGUAAUUGAAAGAAAGAAUACUUUGACCUGAAAACCAAUAAACUUUAUAAUAGACCACUGGUCAUUUCAGGUUAAAUACUGCCUAAAUUAAGUUUUUGAAAAAGAAAUGAAGAAGUUUUACCUUUGCAAUUAGAUUACAAUAAGACACAAAGUAUAAUUUUAAUCUGUUAUAUAAUUAUUUAUAAAAUUUUACUUGAACUGACCUGUUGAAUUAGAAAAUUAUAGAUAUUUAAAAAACAUUUAAUGAAAUAUUUGAUUCCUCCUCAGGUAUGAAUUAUUGUUCCAGAGUUAUGUGAAAUUCUGUAAUUGAGGUUGUGCCAUUUGUAUUAUAUACUUUUUAUAUUUUAUGCUGUAAAUAAAUCAUUUAUAAUAAAUAAAAUAUUUUACAAACA